AUGGCAAAGAGUUCACGAUCAAGCACCCGAAAGGCCAACAACCGGCGCCUGGUGGCCAACGUGUUUGGCCCGGCCGAAUCGGCGCGAGCUGAGCGUCUCUCCGCAAAGCUGCUUGAGCUGGCCCAGCAGCCAAAGCCCGAGUCCUCAGAUGUCAAGAUGAGUGUUGAUGAGGACAACGAGGAGUCAAAUGAAAAGGAGGACGCCGAGGAGGUGACAACGAUGGACGUCGACUCUGGUAAGCCUUCAAGCGGCCGUAUUGAGAAGAAGCGAGGCGACAAGCGAAAGCAGAAAAAGUCCAAGAUUGUCUUUGCCCCUUACGCAACCAGGUCAAAGGGAAAGAAGAAGAGAAGCUCCUAA